CACAUCAGCAGCGUGCUGCUGGAGGUGUUUGGAGUUAACACAAGAACAAAUAACUGUGGCGACCUCACAACUCUCUUUCUCCACUAAAACACCCUCCAGCCUGGAAAAACUAUAAUGAAACACCCAGGUUUGCUCAGAAGACGUAGGAGUUGACGUUUAAGGUGACUUUUUUGUGAAACUGGAGCUGCUUCCUUGUUCGACAACGAGCUGAAAUAUCUCAACAUCCUCACAAAGAAAACUUUGCUUUGCUAGGCUGCUAACUCUCCUUAAGAAACCAAGACAAAACAAGUACGAAGACUUCCUCAAACAGUGGUAGAAACGUGUCUUCUGUCGAGUUAAAUCAGUACUAGUGGGUGUAUUUUACUUUGGGAAUGGUGUCUUUUAUUACUCAACACUAACGGUUUUGAGUAGUCAUCAUCACCAGUGGAGGAAGGGUUGCAGCUGGUAGCCACCAACCAGUGUCUCCACCACCACCAGACCUCCACCAUCCACUGUGUUUCUCAGUUAGUUUAGGAGCUAAGUAGUCUCUGGAAGAAAGAUGUCCAGCCGAAAUGGAGUGGGACAGAUCCGAGGAGCUACUUUGGGUCCACAACCCCUCAAGGCUACUAUCCCCUACCAGCUAGCCAGCAAGCCCAGACCCAGCAGGAGAGAUGGCAAGUCAGCUGGAAAGUCCAAACCGCAGCAGCUGAGCUCUGGCAUGAGGCGGACGAUGUCUCUUGACGCCAUCAUUGGGCCGUACCUGCAGGGACACUGGCCCAAAGAACCAGAGGGCCAGCAGAGCAGCCUGUCUCGCAAGGACAAGUCCACCCAGACCCCAGACUCGUGGUCGGAUAAAUCCCAGAGCAGGAGAGGCAGCAGCAGCAGCCACAAACGAUCGGCAUCAUGGGGCAGCGCCGAGCAUCUGCGAGAGAUUGCUAAACUAAAACAACAGCUGCAGCAGCGCAACAAACCUGCAGUCUCAAGGGGGCAUGACAAAGACCGCCAGCGUGGAUAUCCUCAGGGGAGCUGUAGCCUAGGAACUACUCAGACUCAGCCAAUUCCCAUCCCUCUUGCUCCCCUGUCUACACUGGUCCCUCGACUGCGCUGCAGCGUGGAGGGCCUCAACCAGGAGCUGGAAGGCAUGUUCAUCUGCCAGCCACCGCAUCCUCAGCACAGGCUCCUUGAGGUUCCAGACGGCCACCGGGCUCCGGUCCCUCCGCAGAGCUGCAGCAGUGGAUCUCAGAGUGACCCUGCCACCACAACCCUGUCCUCAUCUUCCUCCUCUUCCUCCUCCUCCUCACCCAGCUCCUCUCCUACAAACAUCUCCACUUCCCCACCCAACUCAGAAGAUGCACCUCUGGAUCUGCACCAAGGUUUGCUAGACGGUGCAGAGAUGUGCCACCUGUCUCCGUUCUCCUCGCAGAACGAGGCCGACCUCUCCCUGCCUCUGCUGAUGUCGUCCUCCCCGGGGCCCAACAAGAGCUGCUGCUUCCAGAGAGAGCCGCCAGAGGGCUGCGAAAAGGUCCGAGUCUGGGAGGAAACCAGCACUCCACGCCAACCCAAGCCAGCCCUCAUCAUCUCCUCCUGCCCAGACCCCAACAAGGUGAACUUCACCCCCUAUGGGGGCUCCGCCUUCUGCCCCGUCAGCCUCCUCAAGCCGCUGCUCCCCUCCAUGGACAUGUUGUUCCGCAGCCUCGCCGUCUCUCCAGCAGGCAGUUGCUCGAGCCAGGGAACGAGCUCCUGCCAGGCUCCUCAAGAUCCUCCCGCCACCGCCGCCACCGCCGGCAUGGGAGAAAGCUCAGGGGAGGGCCUUGCUUUCUGAUCACAGCUACAGAUGCUGGGACAGAUGUGUUGAUGUUACUUUACUUUAGGAAAAGACCAUUCCUUUUCUCUGCAGGUUUAAAAUAAUCUUAUGUUGAAAAAUAAUAAUAUUGAAAAGAAUUAAUAUCGUACUCGUACACAAUCCAAUGGAUACGCUUUAUGAGCUACUUGUUUUGGGUGUCCGGGCGUUGUGAUGUUUCUAAAUUAAGGCAUUUUUGUCAAUCCAAAGAUCUAUUUUUGGCCAAACACAAGUGUGAGAGACGGGACUA